CAUCUUUUGAAGGUUCCUGGAUGUGGCACCUUUUUAUAUAAGAUAUGUACCAGUAGAGCCCUGGAACUCUCAGUGACUGUCAUCGUUAUCAUCAAUGUUUUGCUGAUGGGGGUCGAACACUAUAACCAGCCAGAGGUCAUAAACAAAGUCAUUGACUGCUUCAACUAUGUGUUCAUGAUCAUCAUGAUCACUGAGGUUCUACUGAAACUUGUGGUGUUGGGUGUAGUGACAUUCAUAAAAGACUGCUGGAACCUCCUGGACAUCAUCAUCAUCUUGCUUUCCAUCGUCAGCAUGGCUCUAACCCAGUUAAGGAUGACAAACGUCAUUCCUUUCAAUCCCAGCAUACUAAGAGCCUGUAGAAUCCUCAGGCUCUCUCAAGUGCUGAAGGCCAAAACACUAAGAAUCCUGCUCAAAACCAUUAACAAGACUCUGUCUCAGGUUUGGAAUAUCUGUCUUCUUUCCCUGGUAAUCAUCUUUAUCUUCGGUGUGCUGGGAGUGGAGCUCUUUGGCGAGUUAGAAUGUUCUCCUGAUUAUCCGUGUCUGGGGUUACAUCGGAACAGCAACUUCCGUAACGUCCCCAUGGCUAUGCUCACACUCUACAAAGUGUGCACGGGAGACAACUGGAGUGGGAUUUUGAAAGACACAAUGAGGAAAUGCCGGCCUGAUGACACCAAGUGUCAGAUCUUUUUCUUCUGGGUCUCUCCCCUUUACUUUUCAAGUUUUGUCAUCAUUGCUCAGUUUAUGUUGGCAUACAUUGUGAUAGCAUCAAUCAUGCAAGCCCUAAAAGACUCUGAGGAGGAAGCUGAGACAGAGCUGCGCAGGCAACAAAUAUUUCCAUCAGCAGAGGGCAAUGCAGAGAUCUCUACCUUGGGCCAAACUGAUAAUGGAGCCACAUCAUCUGAUUCAAUCAGCCUGUAAAAUGGUAAAUGUUAUGUAUAAUCACCUAUGUUGUGUAAACUGAUGUAGCAAAUUGAAUUUUUUUUUUUCUGACUCCACGCGUACCGUUGUGCAGUUCGGAUCUGCCAGCAUUUUGUUUUUGUUUUA